AAGGCAAGACAUCGGGUUGUGGGAAGACCCAAGUGUCAACCCUUCACCCAGGCUCGAGCACCCGGGACCCUGGGACCACAACCCACUUGCUCCCUCUCGACCGCGCUCCUGACCCGCAGCCCUCGCCAACCCUACGGAUCCUAGCCACCGCCAGCCUAGGUGGGCGUCAGAAUGAAGGCAGCCCGCUUCGUGAUGCGCAGCGCCAGCUCGCUGAGCAGCGCCAGCCUGGUCCCCAGGGAGGUCGAGCUGUUCUCCCGCUACAGCCCGUCCCCGCUGUCCAUGAAGCAGCUGCUGGACUUUGGUUCAGAAAAUGCCUGUGAAAGGACUUCCUUUGCUUUUCUGCGGCAAGAGCUGCCCGUCCGCCUGGCCAAUAUCCUGAAGGAGAUCGACAUCCUCCCUGACCGAUUAGUGAACACCCCUUCGGUGCAGCUGGUGAAGAGCUGGUAUAUCCAGAGCCUGAUGGAUUUGGUGGAGUUCCAUGAGAAGAGCCCAGAAGACCAGAAAGCUCUAUCAGAGUUUGUAGACACGCUGGUCAAAGUUCGAAACAGACAUCAUAAUGUGGUCCCUACGAUGGCUCAAGGGAUCCUGGAGUAUAAAGACACCUGCACAGUGGACCCCGUUACCAAUCAAAAUCUUCAGUACUUUUUGGACCGGUUUUACAUGAACCGCAUUUCUACUCGGAUGCUCAUGAAUCAGCACAUCCUCAUAUUCAGUGACUCAAAGACAGGAAACCCAAGCCACAUUGGAAGUAUCGACCCAAACUGUGAUGUGGUAGCAGUAGUCCAAGAUGCCUUUGAGUGUGCAAAGAUGCUCUGCGACCAGUAUUAUCUAACAUCGCCAGAAUUAAACCUCACACAAGUCAAUGGAAAAUUUCCAGGCCAACCAAUCCACAUUGUGUACGUUCCUUCACACCUUCACCACAUGCUCUUUGAACUCUUCAAGAAUGCCAUGAGGGCCACAGUCGAGCAUCAAGAAAACCGCCCUUCCUUGACCCCAGUAGAGGCCACUGUCGUCUUGGGAAAAGAAGACCUUACAAUCAAGAUUUCUGACCGAGGAGGCGGUGUCCCUCUGAGGAUUACUGACCGCCUCUUUAGUUACACGUACUCCACUGCUCCAACACCUGUGAUGGACAAUUCCCGGAAUGCCCCUUUGGCUGGUUUUGGUUAUGGCUUGCCAAUUUCUCGUCUCUACGCCAAGUAUUUUCAAGGAGAUCUGAAUCUCUACUCUAUGUCAGGUUAUGGGACAGACGCUAUCAUCUACUUAAAGGCUUUAUCUUCUGAGUCUGUAGAAAAACUCCCAGUCUUUAACAAGUCAGCCUUCAAACAUUAUCAGAUGAGCUCCGAAGCUGAUGACUGGUGUAUCCCAAGCAGGGAACCGAAGAACCUGUCGAAGGAGAAGCUGGCAGUGUGAAGCGGAUGAUGCCUGACAUUUUACGGGAUCAAAGUGGGUCUGUGGCAUUGCUGCUUCGUGAAUGUGUGUGGACUCUAGAUUCCGCAAAACAAUGCAACACAAAACCAAGCAAGCAAAACACAAACAUGAGUACAGACGUUGAGCUGCUGAGGGACAGAGCUUUGUUGGAUGACCCAGGAGAAGUCAGGGCAGGGCUCCAGGAGAUAGCAGGUGUCCUACUUCUUCUUUGGCAAUGCAGAACGACUCAUGACUGUUCCAAAUACUGAAAAGACGUCUGCCUCUGAGUUACAGUGCUUUCUCAACAAGUACAGAGUCUGAGGCUUGCAGCUGCAACAGCUGGAUGUUUGUUGGUUCUUGCUGCCAGCCAAAUAAAUUGGUGUUUAGUGAACAUAUUCAGUGUUUCCCCGCCAUGCAAAGAUUGGCGCCUUGGGAGAAAUGUGGGUAAAUGUACAUUGUAUAGGUGUUAGUGUGCUCUAGAAAGGACAGGAUGGAAGGAAUCAAAGCACUUUAUCGAGCUUGUGGCUGAGUGUGGCAGCCUAUGUGCAAACCCAGAAGAAAAGUGUCUCUGUCAAGACAGCUCCAGUAUCAUGUAGCUUUUUAGGUUUGCACUCAAAAACCCAGUGCCUUCUGGCUGGUGCCGAGGCUUGGGUGAAAUGUUAAAUAUGCACUGACUUCGGAAAGUCGAGUUCAAAAGGGAGAUUAAAUUGCCAAAGUGAUCCAAGGAUUGUGUAUGUUGGGAAACCCAUAUUAGAGAAAGAAAUCUCAUACUUAGAACUUUACUGCGAAGAAAUGGUGGUAAACUUUCGCUACCUAGAAGUAGUGAAAAUUUCAAGGUCAUCUACUUUCUACUCUUAAAAAAGAUGUGCGUUGUAUAUUAUAACUACAUUCUCUACACUCUAACAUUAACAUAUCUAUUGAAAUUUUUCUAGUUGCCAAUUGUCUUCAGAGUGUGAAAAUUUAAAUCCUUCUUGGAGUAUCUUUCAUGAGAGUAGUCUGGAAGUAAAAUGUUCUCAUAUCAGGAGGAUUUCAUUGUGAAGCACUGGGACAUCAGGAACUAGUGAUAUGCAUGAGGCUUGGGAGGCUGAAGGUGUAAGGAUCAGCGGGAGGCCAUCCAUGUGGAUCCCUUUGGAGAGAAUUAAAAUGAGGAGCAAGGGAAGCAGUGGAGAGAGGGAAGGAAGAAAGGAACCAGAAGGCUGGCAUCAUCCAAUUUCCCCACAUGCUAACCCAAGGAAUGCCCUGUGCCUUUCCUGGGGAGGAUAAGAGGAUGUAUUGGUAUAUUUGAAAGCAGUAUGGCUUCUUCAAUGGGUCUCCCUCUUACUAGACAAGGUGAAAUAAUAAUUUAUGUCAAAUAAUGUGAAAUUUUUUCCUGCAUUGUAAUAUUAUCAGUCCUGUGUCGCAGUUGAGUUUGAAAUUUGUAUUUAAUUUCACAGUGACCUAGAGCUGAGGUGCUCCUGGUUGUGGCAAUGGGAGCCACAAAUAUUUUCUUUCUUUCUUUCUUUCUUCCUUCCUUCUCUUCUCUUCUCUUCUCUUCUCUUCUCUUCUUUUCUGUUCUUUUCUUUUCUUUUUUGCAUUGUAGAUGUUAUCCUUAAAUGAUCAGGGCAGUGACUUUAACAGCAGGACUUUGACUCCCACAUUGGUUGAUCACACAAAACUAUCAGCAUUUGGGUUAUCUGGUGUAUUGUUGUUUUGUUGCUGACGUUUCCAUUGAAAUUUCAGCUACGCAUUUGUGCACAUGAAUAUUUACUUGUGUUUACCAAAGAUCUAAGGCAUUUGGUUAUUAACCCAAAUAUCCUGAACUGUGUGUAAAGUAAUAGAGAAAACCUUUAGGCUCUCAAUAGCGUCACCUGUGUAAAUUAAAUCAAAAUAGUCUUCCCUAUUACUUAUGAACCAUGGGAGGCUUUAAACUCUUGUAGAUAGAUGCUAAAUGCCCAGGCCCACUUAACUUAUUAAUGUGUGAAUUACAUUUAUGUUUUUAGUUUAUAUGCAAAGAAUUGUGAUAAUUUUAUAAUAAAUAUUUUUAUUAUAAUAGUAAUGUGGUCUUAUAAAAUUCUUUUCUGGAAUAAUCUCAAAGUAUAAUGAACGAUAUCAACUAAAGGUGUUCCUCAUAUUUUUCUUUAGAUAUAACUCAUCUACACAUUUGGCAUAGGCUUUGAAAAGUAUUAAAAGCAACUUUAACAUCCUAAUUUUAAAACCAAAGUGUUUUAGAGUAGUACAGAAAUUGUGGCUGUCUUUUUCUUGUUUGUAUAUGCUCCAUGAAC